CAUUUUCCUUCCGCCCCUUCCAAAUUAACAUCACCCCCACCAAUGUCAGACUCAGAAGACAUCACCACCGCCCAACCCGCCUCCUCCACCGCCACCCCCGCCGACGAGGACUCCCAUCCGCCCCCGCCGUCCGGCCCAAUCUCCCACCCUCCGCCGUCCGAGAUGGAGGAGACCGUCCAAGAUCCGCUCCCUCCGGAGCCCAGGAAGGACGCGACCCCCGCCCCUAACGUCGCCUUCAGCAUCUGGCCCCCCUCGCAGCGCACCCGCGACGCCGUCGUUGCGCGCCUCAUCGAGACCCUCUCCACCCCCUCCGUCCUCUCCAAGCGCUACGGCACCGUGCCCCAGGACGAGGCCGCCUCCGCCGCCCGCGCCAUCGAGCAGGAGGCCUUCAACGCCGCCGGCGGCGCCGCCGCUGCCGACGACGACGGCAUCGAGGUCCUCCAGAUCUACUCCAAGGAGAUCAGCAAGCGGAUGCUCGACUCCGUCAAGACCCGCGCCGUCGCCGCCUCCCCCGCCGCGACCCCGGCCCCUGCCCCCGGCGGAGACGCCGCUCCCCCCGCCUCCUCCAGUGAGGAGGCCUCUUCUACUGUUGAGUCGGAGGCUUAGGUUUUGUUCUUCAGCUCAUCAGGGAAGGCGCUUUUUUUUGUUGUUGUCGGUUUAGAGAUCUUAAUGUGGAUAUUAACUCUGAUACAUUGAGGGUUAUUACUUAGUUUCUGUUUUGAUUUGUUUCGGUUGGACUGAUUAUGGAUUAUGGUGGUCAUUAAUGUGAGAAUGGUGUCAUGAUCUAUA